AGAAAAAUUUAUACUAAGAAAAGAAAGAGAGGAGAAAAUAAAGGUCACACCUUUUCUCAACUAUCUCUCUCUCUCUCUCUCUCUGCAGAUCAAGUUCACUUCCCUCUGGACGGUAACUAGGGUUUUGUCCGCAUAAGCACAAGAAUCACUGAUUUGAUUCAGAGAAGACAAUCAAUCACCAUGAACAUUUUCAAGAAGAAGACCACUCCCAAAGAGGCUCUCCGCACCAGCAAGAGAGAAAUGGCUGUGGCUACACGAGGUAUUGAACGUGAGAUUACAUCUCUUCAACUGGAGGAGAAGAGGCUUGUAGCAGAAAUCAAGAAAACAGCUAAGACUGGAAAUGAGGCUGCCACAAAGAUCUUAGCUCGACAACUUGUUCGAUUAAGGCAACAGAUCACCAAUUUGCAGGGAAGCCGAGCUCAAAUUCGUGGUGUGACCACGCAUACACAGGCAUUGUAUGCAAGCACCUCAAUCUCAUCAGGAAUGAAAGGUGCAACCACAGCCAUGGUUGCAAUGAACAAGCAAAUGGCACCAACGAAACAAGCUAAGGUGAUCAAGGAAUUUCAGAAGCAGUCUGCACAACUGGACAUGACGAUAGAGAUGAUGUCAGAGGCAAUUGAUGAAACACUUGACAAAGACGAAGCUGAAGAAGAAACUGAAGAUCUCACUAACCAGGUGCUCGAUGAGAUUGGUGUUGGUGUUGCAUCUCAGUUGUCUUCAGCUCCAAAGGGUCGGAUUGCAACAAAGACCGCUGCUCCCAACACAGUCAAUAACAAGAGCGAGAACAAUGACUCAGGAUCAACUGAAGUGGAUGAUCUGGAGAGGAGAUUGGCUUCACUUCGACGUAUCUGAGAGACAUGAAACUUCCUAUUUUGUAGCUAUCAUGCAUCAAAAGAAUCCUAUUAUAAGAAAUAUGUAUAAUAUCUACUGAUGCAGCAAGAUCUCUCAAGUUUAGAUAAACAUAUUUUGUAUUACAUA